ACAACCGGAAACGAUGUAUAUUUCAUUUCCCCUUCAUUUUCCAACAGCUUCAUUUCACGGGGAAUUGAAAAAGCAAAUACAAAACCAUUUUUUGUGCAUUUUUUCCAAGUAGACAGGGUCUGUCGUCAGCACAAACAUGUCCCACACAAUUUUGCUUGUCCAACCCACCAAGAGACCAGAGGGCCGCACAUACGCUGACUAUGAGUCGGUGAAUGAAUGUAUGGAAGGUGUUUGCAAAAUGUACGAAGAGCAUCUGAAGAGGAUGAAUCCAAACAGUCCCUCCAUCACUUAUGACAUUAGUCAGUUAUUUGACUUCAUUGAUGACCUGGCCGAUCUUAGCUGUCUUGUGUACAGAGCUGACACCCAGACAUACCAACCAUACAACAAAGACUGGAUCAAGGAGAAGAUAUAUGUCCUGCUGCGACGUCAGGCUCAGCAGGCAGCAAAGUAAAGGCGUCAGUGACAGGUUGUCAAGCUGCACACACCUGGAAGGAGUUUACACUGCACUACAUUUCCACAGCAUCUUAUAGAUCUGUGUAUAUGGACGACAUUGUUGGUUUGAUAAGGGGUGGGUUUUCACAUUAUCGUAUACAUUGGAUAAUGUUGUGGUUCAAAAAUGGAGUAAAGGAGACGUGUUGGGCUUUAUAUUGAAAUGGAGUCAUGCUCAGCACAUGAGGAUAGAGGUGUUGAUGGCUGCAAGUAGGAGUGGGCGAUCUGUUGAGUCAUAUCGUGAUCAAACUUGAAGAUAUCCAUGAUCUACCUUCCAGUAGUGUGUCAGUGGUUUAGCCAUAUACAAUCUGAUAAUUAUCGAUAAACUUAUUUAGUCAACAGUCGGUUCUUCUGGAGUUAACACAACAAAUCUGUUCAUCUAAUGGAUGCAUCCAAAGGAACUUGUCAAGAUCGUUUCAUUUUUGUCGAUAUAACCCUACUCAAAAUUGGGAGGAAAGAUCAUGGUUUGCAAUAUUGUGUCAAAAUGGUCAUGCUAUGAUUGUAUGGGAAGAUUGCUCACUACUAGCUGCAAAGACUAACUUAUUAAUGGAGAGGGAAUCCUUCCUGGAGAAGUGCUCAACAUGCUAGAUUUAAAAAAAACUUUUGGGCUGUCAAAUUUUUAGUAGCUUGCUUUCAGUUUCCUUACUAGUUAUGUGACGUGUUUUUUAUACCUUUUUACUGGGCAGUUGGAUUUGAAAAUUCUAUGGGUUUUGAAUGCAGGUGAUUUAUUUUUGAAGAAUUAAAUGUCUGCAUACCGACUGAACCAUUUAAUUUAACUGAUCACACAAUUCUUCCUUUCCAUAUUUCAUCUGUUAUUGUCAUCAUUACUGUAGUUUAAAAUCAUUUAAAAUUGCUGAUAUUGUAAACUGAUUCAUAAAUCCCUGUUGUUGUUUUCUUUGAUUUAAACAAAAUAAACUAUUGUUUUCUGA